GCAGGGGCAGGGGCAGGAUGGGGGCGCGGAUCCUCCGCCUCGUCGGGGCCGCGCUGCUGCUGCUGCGGCCGGCCGGCGCCGCGGGGUUCGCGCAGUCCCUGGACGGAGACUUCACGUUCACGCUGCCGGCCGGCCGCACCGAGUGCUUCUUCCAGCCCAUGCGCGCGGGCGCCUCGCUGGAGAUCGAGUACCAGGUUCUAGAUGGAGCAGGAUUAGAUAUUGACUUUCACCUACAAUCUCCAAAAGGUGUCACCCUCAUUUUUGAUCAGAGAAAAUCUGAUGGAGUCCAUACCGUGGAAGCAGAAGAUGGAGAUUACAUGUUCUGCUUUGACAACACAUUCAGUACCAUUUCAGAAAAGGUGAUUUUCUUUGAACUGAUCCUAGAUAAUGUGGGGGAAGAAGGACAAGACCAAGAAGACUGGAAAAAGUACAUUACAGGCACAGAUCUGCUAGAUAUGAAACUAGAAGAUAUUCUGGAAUCCAUCAACAGUGUCAAGGCAAGGUUAAGCAGAAGUGUCCAGAUUCAGACGCUACUCAAAGCAUUUGAAGCUCGCGAUCGCAAUAUACAAGAAAGCAACUUUGACAGAGUGAAUUUCUGGUCCAUGGUCAACUUGGGAGUUAUGGUGGUGGUGUCAGCUGUUCAGGUUUACAUGCUGAAAAGUCUUUUUGAAGAUAAGAGAAAAAGUAGAACUUAAUAUCUACCAUCCAUGUUCAUAAUACACGGAGAGAGGAAAACGCAGUAAACCGCUACAGAAAAAUGAGUGUUACCUCCAUCUUGUUUUGAAAAGGCACUAUACUUAACAAACAGGUUCUUCAUUUACAUGCAACUUUUUUAACAUGAACAAAAUGCCUUUUCUACAACCCUUCUAUCUCUGCAAGUGCUACUAACAACAGCAAGAUUUUAAGCUGGUUGCAUUUAUCAAUAACUUUUUACUAGAUUAUGCAUAAUGCACAGGAUGUUGGAACAAAUGCAAAGUAAUGUUGAUACCUGCUAUAUAAUCAUAUUUCCAUAAUCACUUGAAAAAUCUUUCUAUGCCAACAUCAAUACUAAUAGGGUGGGGGUUGCUUUUUUUUUUUUAAAUAUCUGAAUUGAGUGAAGUUACACAUGUGCCUAACUGUUUGCAGGUUUGGUGUGCAAAUUAGUAACCUGCAAUUAUGUUCAGUUGACUUCAAGGAUGUAAAUGUGUAAAUUUUCCUCCAUCUACUAAAGAGGAGUGUUUUUACUGUACAACUUAAUGCAGAAACACUGGACUGACACUUGCAAAAUAGUUCAUUUUUUUCUCUCACUUUUGUAUACAAAUGACUGACAUCAGCACUUUAAAGAAACAUGGUCAAUGUGAAAUCUAUUUUUUAACUAAUUAAAAGUAGUUCAUAGCUACAAAGCUUACCGCCUCAGUCCUUUUGUCAGUUUUUGUGGUUUUUACAAUCCUGUUUUUUCUGGUGUUUUUGUUAUUGUUGCUGUAUCAGAAAUCUAUACAAACAAGUGAAACUGCCUGCCUGAAGUACAGUACAGUCAGAUGCACAAAAUAAGCCAAUUGAAAUGCAGCAUAUAAUUUUAGCUAUGUAAUUGUAACUACUUUUAAUACCAUACUUUGGUUCAAGUUAGUUCUCUCAGGCAACUCUGUUCCUUCAAUAGUGCUUAAGGGUAAAAUUCUUUGGAAAUGUUACCUUGACAUUAAAUGUUUAUAUGCUUUUAAAAUCUA